UACAAAUUUUCUUCCCUCCUUCCAGGCUUUAAAGAAUGCGUUCCAGAGGCAGUGAUACCGAGGGCUCAGCCCAAAAGAAAUUUCCAAGACAUACUAAAGGCCACAGUUUCCAAGGGCCUAAAAACAUGAAGCACAGACAGCAAGACAAAGACUCCCCCAGUGAGUCGGAUGUAAUACUUCCGUGUCCCAAGGCAGAGAAGCCACACAGUGGUAAUGGCCACCAAGCAGAAGACCUCUCAAGAGAUGACCUGUUAUUUCUCCUCAGCAUUCUGGAGGGAGAACUGCAGGCUCGAGAUGAGGUCAUAGGCAUUUUAAAGGCUGAAAAAAUGGACCUGGCUUUGCUGGAAGCUCAGUAUGGGUUUGUCACUCCAAAAAAGGUGUUAGAGGCUCUCCAGAGAGAUGCUUUUCAAGCGAAAUCUACCCCUUGGCAGGAGGACAUCUAUGAGAAACCAAUGAAUGAGUUGGACAAAGUUGUGGAAAAACAUAAAGAAUCUUACAGACGAAUCCUGGGACAGCUUUUAGUGGCAGAAAAAUCCCAUAGGCAAACCAUAUUGGAGUUGGAGGAAGAAAAGAGAAAACAUAAAGAAUACAUGGAGAAGAGUGAUGAAUUCAUAUGCCUACUAGAACAGGAAUGUGAAAGGUAA